AUGGAGAAUGAACGCGCGUUGCGAAGAGCGCGCGCGGCGAGGGCGGUUCGAGAGACGGAGUACGCCGCGGCGAAACGUGGGAACUUCUUCGUGAGGAAUAGCGCGCGGGUGAAACGAUGGUGGCGAGCGAUGAACGAGAGCGACAUGUCGCUGUGUUUGUUUCCGUCGACGAGCGCGGUGCGGAGGAACGCGCGGAGACUGAUCGCGUGGGUGUGGUUCGAGCGGGUGACGCUGGCGACGAUCAUCGCGAACUGCGUCGCGUUGGCGCUGUACAAGCCGCUGGAAGACGAAGGCUCGUGGAAUAAAGGCCUGGACGUCGCGGAGACGGUUUUCACAGCGAUCUUCACGCUCGAACUCACGCUUAAGGUGGUUGCGAACAAUUUUCUAUUCGGGCCGCCCGACGUGGACGUGUAUCUGAGGGACGGUUGGCGAGUGUUGGAUUUCCUCAUAGUGGUCGGCGGUUGGAUAUCCUUCGGGCUCACGGUGUCGGGUCGUUCGGGUGGAGGGCUCACGGCGGUUCGGGGUCUUCGCGCGCUGCGUCCGCUGAAGUCGAUAUCUAGUUUCUCGAGCAUGCGAGUGUUCGUAUCGACCACGUUUGCGUCGAUGGGCAUGGUGCUAAACGUCUUGUUCUUUGUCGUCAUCGUGAUUAUAGUUUUGGGUAUUCUCGGGGUGCAGCGCUUCGCGGGCACGCUGAACGGGCGAUGUAUGCACGAGAGCACGCGUGAAUUCGUCGCGUAUGAUAUCGACGUAGCGUGUUCGGUGAACAGUGGGGGGCACACGUGCGGCGCGUCGCAAAUUUGUGUCGCCACGUCUCUCACCGGGUUCGAUAAUGGCCACACCACGUUCGACAACAUUCUCGGCGCUAGUUUCAUCAUCUACAGAGUCUUGACUCUGCGCGGAUGGGUGGAUCUCAUGUAUCAGGUCAUCGACGGGACGGGUGAUCGAACGAUGGUCAUCAUUUACUUCUUGCUCGCCGUCAUGUUCGGCGCAGUCUUCAUAUCAUCGUUUGUCCUUGCAGCUGUUGCGACAAAAUAUCGACAGACGGCCAUAGUAGAUGCGAAGAUGGCUGACGGAGAGAUGUAUGAGCAAAUCACGCCACCGAUGAGCGCGCGGAACGUGAAGCGCGUGGCAAGUAGGAGACCAGGCGAAUUCAGCUACGGAGAGCGCAUCAGUAAAGACCUUUUAGAGUUCAUGCGAAAGGAUCUGGCGUACCAAAAACCGUUGCGGCAACUCGUGGAGCACCAUCAUUUUGAAAACGCGAUCACAGUGGCGAUCGUGGCAAACACCAUCUUGCUGGCCGUUCAAUAUCGCGACAUGAGCGAACAAGUCGAGACGAUACUCACCAGUUGUCACUACGCCUUCUUAUGCUUGUUUUGUGUCGAAUUAGUGUUAAAAGUGCUCGCUAACGGAAUAUUAGGAUACGUGCGGGAUCGAUACAACGUAUUCGACGCGACGAUUGUCAUAGCUGGUUUGAUCGAGGUUGCGUUCGGGAAUAGUUCAUUUGCGGUUGCGCGUGCGUUCCGCCUGUUACGGGUGUUGCGCGCAACGCGGCUGAUCGCACGAAACAAAAAUAUUCGUCGAUUGAUCGACAUCGCAUUAGAGGGCUUGAGCUCAAUCUUUAGCUUCUGUGGGUUACUGUUCGUGUUCGUAUUCGUGUUCACAGUUUUGGGCACGCAGUUGUUUGGUGGAAAGCCUGAAUUUUACAACGUACGACCAAACUUCAACACGUUUGGCGAUAGUUUUCUUACUGUGUUCGAAAUCCUAACAGGGGCGAGCUGGUACAAGACUGCGCUGACCGCGAUGGAAACGUCUCACGGCGCAUCCGCGGCGUUGUUCUUCAUUCUUUGGUCUUUCAUCGGGUCGUUUGUGCUGCUGAAUCUUGUCACUGCGAUGCUUAUUGAAACCUUUGAGCGAGCUUCGCAUGACAAGGAGCUUAAACAACAGCAGCUACUGGAGCGGGCGUCCGAGCAAGAACGCAGAGAUGCUCAAAUGAAGCGGCAACACUACAUCAAUGCGACGUUGUCGUCCAGUUCGGCUCGAGAAGCGAGCGAAGUCGUAGCAGAGACAGGCAAGAAAGGCUCUGGAGAUAGCGAUGCAACGUUUUACACUGCGAACGAAGUCCGUCGCCAUCCUGACGGACAGCGUAUCAUGUCGAGGAUGAAAUUACGCAAGCAACGCAAUUUUAGACGAGAGGUCGUUGUGGUAGAAGAAUGGCUAGAAAAAACCGGGAUUUUGGACGACGACAGCGAUUGCAGUGAAGGCGAGCAAAAUAGUGACGUCCUCGACGAACUGGAAAAAAAUCGCGAUGUGAUGACUUCGCAGUCGGCGUACGACGACGGUGCUCCAGAGGCUGAGUUGACCACUCGUAUGGUCGAAGAGACACGAUCGAAGGUUGCGUUGUACGUUGCCAAUGGCGUUCCAAUCCCGACGGAUGACCGUCAGGUGCGGAGGGCCUACCGGCAGUGGAAGAUCGACUCAGCUGUGGAGCAAGGAGGCGAUGACGAUGAAGACGUCAACAUAAUGGAUGCCAACGCGCUUCGAGAUAACUAUGGCGAAGAACUCACUGAUACCAUGACCAGGGAUGCGAUGAACGCGCGGAGAAAACUGCAGGAGAACGCGCUCGCAGAGCUUCGACGUAGCCUGUUAGAACGAAGCGCCGACGGAGGUACUAAAGAGGCGCUCGCAUGGGCUUCGCAAGCGUCCGCAAAAGGUUUUGUCGUCAAGAGCGCGGAAGCGAGAUUAAUGCCGAAGGAGCAGACGGCGGUUAUCGCGCAACGGCGGGCGGAGGGUAAGAAAACCGGUCACAUUGGCAAGUUCAAAGGCGAGGCGAUGAGCGCGGAGGGUGCGGCGGCCAUUGCAGACGCAAACUUGAUCAGCUUGCAGGUCGAGAAUGCUGCCGUGGACGAUAAGGAGAAGAAGAAUAUUAAGAGGCACGGGCAACAGGUAGCUGUUGACAUGGAUGAUUCCUCAGAUUUACAGCCGAUAGAGUCGUCCGACAGCCCCGCGGGGAGAGGCGCAGUCUGGCGAUCUCUCGCCAGGAAAUCUAGUGCGGGCAAGAAAUCGAUUUCAGAGUCUCUCAGGGAGUUAGACAAACCAAAAACUGGACCAAUAACUGAAUCCGUUAUCGAGUACACGUCGGAUCAAGAUGUGAACUCUCAACGAUCCUCAGGAAGUCCGCACAAUUCUCGUUCGUACGAUUCACAGACGACAGGGGACACUGUACAUAGGUCAAGCACUCUCAUGCCUAUCAUUGAGUACACGCAAAUGCCACCGAUACUCGAAGUAGACUUCAGCUUGCCGAGAAUCAAAGAGGAUUUGAACGCAGGAAAAGUCAGGAGAGCCUCCGGAUUGCCAGUGCGUGACAUCGUCGUCGAUAAGUCGAAGAUGGGCAAGUUUGCUGGUCGAAUCGCAGAGGAGCAUUGGUUCCAGAAAUCUCGAGCGAACACGGAUGAAGAGUGCAUGCAGUAUCCAUCGCUCAUUAUAUUCAAGCCUAGACUCCCGAUGCGGCGACUAGUUUUCAUGCUCAUCAAGCACAAGGUGUUCGAGCGGCUGAUGUUGUUUAUCAUCUUGUUGUCUUGUGCUCAGCUUGCCGUAUCCGCGCCAACAGUGAAUCCGUAUAGCGAUUUGGCGAAGGUCAUGAAAUCGGCAGACGUCUCUUUCACAUUGAUUUUCGCAUUUGAGGCCAUAAUCAAGAUCUUCGCGAUGGGUUUCGCGAUGCAUCCAGGCGCGUACCUUCGAUCGUACGCCAACUGUUUGGAUUUCAUCAUUGUUCUAGUUUCUAUCGUAGUUGAAGUUUCCGCGAACGCAUCCAAGCUGCAGUUCAUGCGCACAUUCAGACUUGUCCGAGUUCUGAGGCCUUUACGUUUGCUGAAUAGGAUGAAAAGUAUGCAAAUUGCCGUGGCGACGCUGGUCCACAUCUCACCGGAACUGGUCAACGUGUUGUGCUUGGGACUGUUCCAGUUUAUAAUUUUCGCCAUCCUAGGAUCGCAACUCUUCGCCGGCAAGUUCGAUUACUGCAACGACCCAACAGCUCUCGGAAGGGAAACGUGCGUAGGAACGUUCAUCGACGCGAAUGGGGCACACAUUACCCGGCAGUGGUUACAUCCGCCGCUCAACUUUGACAACACUCUCAUUUCCAUCCUCACUCUUUUCGUUGUGGUCACUCGGGAUGGAUGGAUUGAUAUCGCGUUCCAAGGAAUGGACUCGACUGCUCUGGAUUCGCAACCGUCGUUGAAUAAGAAUGGCUGGAGUGCGAUUUACUUUCUGACCUUCAUGGUCAUCGUGUCCUUCGUGUGGACGAGCAUGAUUGUUGCACUCGUUUGCCACCACUACAAGUCAGCGGACGAAUUGAGUGGUUCGUCGAUGAUUCUUUCGGAAGAGCAGAGAGAAUGGUCAGAUAUCUUGCGCAUGAAGAAGCACGAGGCGGAGUUGAAGGUUGUGGAUGAUUCGGACGCCGCUGGGCCACGAUUCUUCCUCAGAAAAUCAACGUUUUCGCUGGUUACCAGCCCUCGUUUUGAGAACUUCAUCAUCUUCUGUAUCAUCGCUAACACGGUGACGAUGGCAUCGUACCACAACGAUCAACCGGCGCUCUACGCGGAACUUCAGCGGAGUGCCAACAUAUUUUUCUCUUGGAUAUUUUUAUUGGAGCUCGCACUGAAACUCUGUGCUUUCUUACCGCAGCGCUACUUCUCUGAACCGUGGAACGUGUUCGAUUUCAUCGUAGUCGUGGCGAGCAUUCCAGACCUCGCAGGAGUGGACUUUGUCGGCACCAACGUGCUUCGCGUCGUCAGGCUGGGACGCAUCCUUCGGUUAUUCAAACAGGCGAGGGGUCUUCGUGCGGUUUUCAACACGCUCGUAAGUUCGUUCGAGGGCGUGUCUCACAUCUUCUUCUUAAUCGUCAUGUUGAUGUUUGUCUACGCCGUGUUGGGGAUGAAUAUCUUUGGAGACUACGACACAAACUACCCAAGAGGGCGAGUCGAAAACUUUCGCAAUUUUGGUUCGUCGCUUAUGGUACUUCUUCGCGUCAUCACGAGGGAUAACUGGAAAAGAGUCAUGCUCGACACAAUGAAGUGUGACUACGACGAGGGUGGUGUGGCGGCGAACUGUAGCAACAUCUUCGUUCCAGCGCUCUACUUCACGACGUUUAUCUUCUUCGGUGCUUACGUUUUGAUCGGCAUGAUUAUUGCGUGCGUCUUGAGUAAGUUUGCGGAGAACGCGGUGAAUGAGGGAUUGCUCUCCACGGCGAAUGUAUUUGUUACCGUUCGUCGCAAGCUUCUGCUUGACAUGUUCGCGACGAAACUGCGGAUAAAAUUAGAACGCGCCAAGGCGGUGAAAACGGGACGAUUCGCGUCGAAGAAGAAAUAA